CAUCUAUUUAAUGCUGACGAACAACCCUAGCCGACUAGUGUUAGUCAUAUCGGCCAUUGGUUGUGUCUACAUGUAACUAGAAGCAUUAAAGUUUUCCAGGAUGUCUGCAAUAUGAAAAAGACGACGUUGUACAUCUGCAUACCAUUUUUAGCUGGGAUGCUCCUGAUUCUGUUCAUGGCUAGAUCCGAAAUAUCUACAACAAAAUGACUGCCUUGCAUCACAACCCCAGCCAAGAAUAACGUUGCAGCUAACGAUAGUUUGUUUGUCGUACCAUCGCCACCGACGCCAUUGAUUGGGUUCAUCGUUUAUGACUGUGGUAACCAGCAUCCGGGACCUUGUGGGGGCUGGUCGGACCGCAUGUCUGGCAUGUUCAGUGCUUACGUCAUUUCCGUUUUACUUCACAAACAUUUCCUCAUUAGGUACAGUAAUUUGACUGACUAUCUUAUUCCAAAUUCAUUUGAUUGGAAAUACAACUCAUCUAUUUUUGCAGGUAGGACUGCUUCCUAUCAGAAUUUCUAUUGCAAGACUCCAAAUGCUAUCAGGAAAAAGAAUUUAACAAGUCUUCAUGAACUUUUCAGUAUGGAUAUUAGCUUUGUCCGUAUGAACUGGGACUACACUGCACACUUUAGAGAAUUCACAGAUCUACGAAAUGCUAUCCCAUGGGUGUUAAAUUUGAAAUUUGCUGAUAUAUAUUUAAAGUUUUUCAACACACUUUUCAAGCCUACGAAUGCCAUUACUGAAGCAGUAGAUAAGGUUGUAGGAAAUGUUACAAAGCUGGCCUGUGCACACAUUCGUAUGGGUAGAAGUGACACGAUACCGUUCGAUGAUAAACAUACAGACGAAAAGCAACUCAAGCACGUGUGGCACAUCUUAAAGACAAUGGAAGAAAAGAACAAUUACAGCAUCUUUAUAGCGACAGACGCUCAGUUCGUGCGGAAUACAGCGAAGGCUUUAUUCAGUCACCUUCUUGAGGUCGAAGGACGAAUCCUGCAUAUAGACCGUCGUCUAGGUGGGGAGGGAAUGGUCGAUGGCUACAGAAAAGUGUUUGUGGAUUUUUUUGUUCUCACGAAAUGUGAUGUGUUAGUAUUAACGAAGAGUGGGUUCGGAAUGAUGGCCGCCUACCUCAAUACCAAGGAUUCCGAACUGUAUUGCCUUACGCUUCACGAAGUUGUUCCUUGCUCUCGUUACACCUUGCAACGUUUUUACCCAAACGAAAUACUCUCCCCUGUUUAGUGAAUGGGAAAAUCGUCAAAACCCAGAUUUAUUGGAUGAAUUUCAAAUUAGCCUUCGUCAAAUGGACUUUUACAUAUUAGAACCUACUGUAGCGAAUGUAACUUCUGUUUAGUGACCAUACAGGCAACUGAAUAUGGUCUAACAGUUCUAAAAGUUACACGAAUGUUCAUUUUAGAUUAGUUUAUACUAUUAAACAACUCUAUAUAUGUCAAAUGAAAAGACUACUUUAACUAAUAAACAUAUGCAAAAGUU